AUGGUGACAAUGGAUGCAAGCAAAAUGACUAGUAAAACAAGUUCACUUAAAGCUUUAUUACUGAAGGCUUGGCGAGAAAGAUGGACUGAUAUUCAGUGGGGGAUUAAUAUUAAGACAAUACUACCUAGGGGGGUAAGUGGAGAUUUGUACAACCUAGCUGACUGUAUUUUACAACAGGCUAUGGUAGGAUGUGGUGCUAAUCAGCUAGUAAUAUCAUAUUUGAAACAUUCUCUUGCAUCUCACAUUGUUUCAUAUGCUGCUGUUCUUCAAAGAAUUGCAAAGUUUGACUCAUUUCACAAACCUCAUUGUAUACUCAGUCUUUUAGAGUUUUUGGAAAGUUUUAUUGAUAAUGUCACUUGCCGAAGCAAAAUGGAGGAAGAAAUUUUAUCAAACGCAAUAUCCUCUAUAAUUUUGUGGCUAUUACAAGUGUAUCACUACUCACUGAGUAAAUAUCCUUCAUCCAAUCUUAAUCAAAGCCAAGAACUUUUGGAUAAGUCUACCUCGCUGUUGAAUUCUAUAACAAGUUCAGAUUUCUUAGUAGCUAUGUUCUAUUUGGCAAAACAAAAUGACCCUGAAGAGUACACAGAGGUUACUAAGAAAUGUCAAGAAAUAACAGCAUUUAUGAUGAUGAAUACUCAGUUUAAAGCACCUCUUACAAUACACGAUACUAUUCAAAAGAUUUGUAAUAUGGUUCUUGAUAAAAUAGCACCUUUCAAUAACAAACCUGAAACUGUAACAUACUGUAUACAAGCAAUUGUUGCUAUAAAUGUGUUAGCAAAGCCAAGUGCAGAGGUACAAUAUCUUUCGAAUCAACUGUUAAUCAUAAAGAGAAUUAAAGGGUUUUCAUUAUCUAGAGUAUAUAGUGAACUAAUAAGAGCGUGUUUCAUUUCACUGAAUGAUGCUAGCAAAGAUGCCAUGAAACAAGCCUUAUGGGCUGCUUUUACAUUUUUAAAAGUACCUCAGAUAAUACAAUGUAUGCAUAAUAUAUGUGGGACACAGAGCAAAGAUGGAGACUAUUCUGUUGAAGUUGUAGAAGCUUUUGAAAAAUUAUUACAAAAUACUCCAUUGCUUGAUGUUGUUGAUGCUAAGAAUAGUUGCAACAGUGUAAUAUCCCUCCUGGAACCGUUAGUGAAGUUAAAUGUUGUUACUGAAAGUCACUUAUCUUAUUUUAACCAGAAACGUGAGACUAAAGAUCUUAAAUUACAAAAAUUAGAGCCAACUGGACUUCAAGGACCUGUGCCUAAUUUUAUCACACGAGCUGAACCUACUCUAGCUGGUAUUCUGAAGACUAUGGGUGGUGAUUGCCACAAGAUUAUAGAUUCAUUAUAUUCAAUGUUAUGCCAAAUAGUAGGGGGAACCACAUUAGAUACAAUCCUGUCCGUUGCAACUGUUGAAGGGAAAUCCAAAUUAUUUGUGUCAAGACUAAUAAAGUUCAAUGAGUUUGCUUUACUUGCUGCAAGUGAAAAAGGAGCUUCUCAAUCUAGGGUCUAUGUAUUUGAUAUAACAUUUUUGAUACUCUGUUCGAUUGUUCAAGAAUAUGGUGCUGAAGCUGUUUUGGAUGAAAAUGGGGACUCCUUCUUUGAAAAAUGGGUUAAAGAGUUUUUGCCCCUAAAUGGUGCAUACAAGUGUCCGAACCGAAUAUUGCAGAAAUGCGACCAACAACUUGUAGACAUCUUUAUUCAUCACUUGAGUGCUUCUGAUUUUGACUUUAAAAAUACUAAUUUAAAGCCUCAUGAUUUGUGCAUGAAUGUUAGUGGUGUUAUGAAAGAGGUCUUAUUUGCUUGGGAGCAAGGUUCAAUCUCAACUGUAGAUGUAAAGAGAAUGCUUGACUCUAUGAGGCAAAAAAUGGCUUCUCUUGCAGUGUGUGGUUCAGUAUGGCUCUGCUCAUACAUUAAUGUUGUUCAUGAAGAUGCUACAGUUAAGCCAAUGAACAUGAUGCAGCAGUUAUGUAGUCCUCCAAAUGAAGUUGAAUUGGCACAGAGUGAUAAUUUUAAGGAGCGUGCUGUUUUGAUGUGUUCUAUAAUAAGAAAGUUACAACAUGAUGUCCAUCCGCCAUCUGUACCGAAAACAAAAACACUUUCUCAUUUGAUUGUAUCCAAUCAACCAAUACUUGAACAGCUACAAACAGUUUGGGACGAUGUGAAAGUUAGGGGAUACUUACAUAUUGAUGCAACACACAUUGUUCAAAGUCUAUUAAACACUGCUGGUCAUGUAUGGUUUGUCACAAAUCUCAUUAAGGAGACUCUUAAGUUUAGGUAUCAAGAAGAACUCGAUAGAUUUGUAGAUAUUGUACUGGCAAUGUUUCAUUUGGAUAUAGAAAAAUGUACCGAAGCUUUGUUACAACAUGUAUUGCCACAGUACUUGUAUAAUGCGAAAUUAAUUGAUGAAUUAGUUGAGCCUCAAUCCACAGUACUUGCAAAGAUAUGUGUGUAUAGUAUAUUUGCCGCUCUUGAUCAGAGUAUAACAACAAAACCUCAAUCAAGAAAACGCAGACAUGAAGAUCCUGAAGAUUUAGAGGCUAUUUCUUCCAAUAAAUUACGACGGCUAAAUGACAACUCGUCAGAUGGAAGUGUUUAUCAUUCAGCAAGAGAGCACAGUUCAGGAGUUGUUAUAAAAGAGCCAUUGCAAACAUCCUUAGAUAUGUUAUUUAAGACAUUUUCACAGCUGGCUGGCAAGAAUGGUUAUGUAACUCCUCAGACACGGUUUAUUUUUGAAUUUUUGGUUUUUAUUAUUCAGUGUGGUCAAGAAAGAGCACAACUUGUAUUACAGAAAAUGCCAAGUGAAAUAGUACCAAUUUUGAUAAAGGCACUUCCAGAUAAUUUUAAUGUGGCCAUCAUUUUAAGAUUGUAUGAAUUAAGUACACCUUACGGUAGAAAAGAUGCAGCUAGAGAUUUAUGUCUAUUGCGAAAUAUGUGGUUACGACCUGAAUAA